AUGUACGGCAUGCUGCCGACGUAUCCAGCGGCGGUUUGCCCUGGCCUGAGCACGGUGGAGCCUCCAAAAUCGGCAAGCUUCGCGACAAACGCGCAACGCGGAGCCACGUUGAAACCCGAUGCUAUUUUCGUCUCGGCUAUCACCGACGUUCGACAAACCGUCGAACUGAAACUGCACUUUUUCACUGGAACGAAGUGCUCGCCCGCUCGGAUCGGCGCGCCGGAGUUCGCGGCAGGGGUUCCGGCGCCGCGCUCAUUGGCCAACAACGGAGGCGAGAACGAACACGACGAUGGCGACGCGGGUGACGCGGAAGGUGAUGACGGGGAUGAGGGUGACGAUGCUGGGGAUGGGGGUGACGAUGGUACCGUUGACGAAGCCUUCAACGACAGCGACGAGGACUCCGAAAGGUUGACAGGGCCGAGGUGGAUAGCGUUACUAGUAGCGCUGCCAGCAGUUAUGCUGGACCCCGUGCCGCAACCCAGUGUAGUGUCCGUGUUUGGGUUUAGGUUGUUUGGGUUUUUUUCAGCUACUCCGCUCGAUUUCUCGAAUGACCAUGACGACUCGGACUCCGACUGGGAGUCAUGGCGCGACCCUCUGGGGCUGCGCUGGAAAAGCAGCACGUUAUCGGGCUUAACAUCUCGGUGCAGAAUACCUCGCUCGUGGCACUCUUGA